AGUCAAAGGUCUAUAAAUUCCACUACAUUCACUCUUCUUCACAACAGCAGCAUAAGCUUAGCUUUCUGUGCUCUCUCCUCUGAAUUAUCAUUUCCUCUCUAGUGUUGUUUUCAAGCCUUCAAUGGAUCUUCAUCUCAUAGCUAUCGUUGUUUAUCUUUCUCUCGCCGGGAUAGUUAGCCAUGCAACUCAACCUUCUGAGGAUUAUUGGCAAUCAAUGCUGCCAAACACGCCUAUGCCUAAAGCAAUCCAAGACCUAUUACCAUCUGGUUCUGAUUUGACAAACGAGAAGAGUACUUAUAUUGAUGGGGCCACAGGAGUCAAUGUUGGACGUAAAGGUGUAGGUGUGAGUACUGGAAAGCCAGGGAGUGGAACAAAUGUUGGGGUUGGAAAGGGUGGAGUAUCUGUACACACUAGCCCAAAGGGAAAGCCUGUGGUUGUCAAGGUAAACCCCACUGAGAACCAAUUCCGCUACCGCUAUGGUGCCUCUGAGGAUCAGCUCCGAGAUGACCCAAACAUGACUCUCUUCUUCAAAGAGGAGGACUUGCACCCAGGGACCACCAUGAGCUUACACUUCACUAAGACCACACCAGGAGCCACCUUCUUGCCACGCCAGGAGGCUGAGUCCGUACCCUUUUCUUCUAACAAAUUCUCUGAUAUCUUACACCAAUUCUCAGUCAAGCCCGGAUCCAAGGAAGCACAAACCAUGAAGAAAACAAUCCAAGAUUGUGAGGAGCCAGCCAUGGAAGGGGAAGAAAAGUAUUGUGCAACUUCAUUAGAGUCCAUGAUCGACUUCAGCACUUCAAAGCUUGGGUCUAAUAAUGUUCAGGCCAUAUCGACUGAGUUCGAAAAGGAGGAGACCCAGAAGCAGCAGUACACCAUCACAGGAGAUAUACAAAAGAUGGCAAGUGAUGAGGCUGUGGUGUGCCAUGACCAGCCCUAUGUGUAUGCUGUGUUCUAUUGCCAUUCUAGUUACAGCAUAAGGGCUUAUAAAGUUCCAUUAGUUGGUGCCAAUGGAUCAAAGGCCAAUGCUGUUGCUGUGUGUCAUACCAACACUGCCAAAUGGAACCCCAAACAUCUAGCCUUCCAAGUACUUAAAGUUAAGCCUGGGACUGUUCCUGUCUGUCACUUCCUUCCAGAGGAUCAUGUUGUUUGGGUUUCCAAGUAAAGAGCAUAGACCAUGUCACCAUAUUUCCUGCUUUAAUUUGGGUUUGUCUGUCUAGUUUAUAGAAAGGGUUAUAUUCAUGUACCUAACCUACUUUGUACUUCACUCCCAUAUAGAACUGCUUCGUCUGCAUAAGAUAAGUACUAUAUAUAGCUUACUAAUGGACAUGUUCAUGUUUAAUAAUAUUACAUAAUAAAAUAUUUUCUUUUGCUUCA